CCACAUUUAAUUUACGUAUGCAAUCUACUGCGGAAAAUGCGGCUUCAAAUAUUAAUAAUUAUAAUGUGGUUGCCGACUCUUCCGAUAAUAUUUCCUCAACAUUUUAUACAAACCAUUAUUCAGAUCAACAAUCCAUUUAUAAUGAUAAUAUCCCUUCAACUUUGCCUCCAGUUAGCUCACCAUGUGUUCCUGGUCCACAACAACAGACUAUUGAAAAUACUACUUUUCCAUUUAAUUCGUUUAACAUGAAUAGUGUUAAUCCUUCUCAAUCUGAAAUUCAUAGUUUUGAUAUCCCAG